CCCCCAAAGCUCGGCUCUGCUUGAAUGCUUUUGCUGACUUGACAUAGGAGCAUGGCGGGGGGGGGGGGGGUGCCCUGCCCUGCCGAGGGCUCGGAGCCUCUCACAGUUCUCUCUCCCCGCCCUCCCCAGCCUUCCUCUCUUCUUGUGUUCUCCCAAAUCCGAGCCUACCCCUAAAUUCCCACGGCUGCAUUCUCUCCGUGGUCCGCCUCCCGCAACCAAUGUAGGGGCUUCCUGGGGUCUGAGAAAAGCCUUGGAUACGAGAGGGGCGGAGGCCCGCGGGGACCCUGGGGGGCCCGGCCUCCGCUGUCGAGAAGGCGAGGACUGGGACCAGGGACACUGAGCGGCGGGAUUGGUUGACUGGGCACGAGGCACGAUGGUCCCGCCCCCUGGUUGCCAGGGCCCGGCCUAUCCGCGUCCAGGCGGGCAUCGGUCGCCAGGUGGUUGGGGUCGGGGCCAAGGCAGGUGUGUCUGUUUGGAGGAAGGGGCCAGGCCCGGUCGGGACCCCAAGGGACUCCCUCCCGAAGCCCCUGCGGCUGGGAGUCUGGGGCCCUGCGGCGCGGCCGCGGAGAAGCCGCCCCUCCUUCCACCGCGCCUCUCCCCACCGCCCCCGGCGCGCUCCCGCCCGCCGCCUCCCGGGUCUGGAUCGAGCGCGCGCGCCCCCGUCUCCCCUUCCGCGGCCGAGGGGCGGGCCCGGCUCCCCGCGCCACCGCCCGCAGCCCCCUCCCCUCGCCUGCCGGCGGCUCACGCCAGCCCCGGCGCUCCCGCCCGGCCCCACCCCAGGCGACCCAGCGUGGAGAGGCGGGCGGCCAGAGCCCGAGGUGAGCGCGGCGCGAGCAGGUGGAGCGGGCGGAGCGGACCAGGGCCCGGCUGGGGGAGGGGGACGGGCUCCGGACGCGGCUCUUUGUCUCCGCGAGCCCCUUCGCGGGCCGCCGGGGCCGCUCCUCCUCCUGGCAGGUGCGGGAUGGACAAGAGGGACAAGGGCAGGGCGGGGGCCGCCACAAGGACUCCGGCUUCUCGCCCUCCCGGCCUUCCCACCCCCAGACCCCCGGGGUCUCCUCGACCCCCUCCCCCAGUAACCAGCGCGGCGCUCCGAGUUCUGGGGGCAGCGGGAGCUGCAGGGCGAGGGCCCCUGGCCGAGCGAGCUGGAAGUACCCGGGCAGCCGCUCUCCCGGAGGCUGCUCCCCGGGUGGGAUCAACUCGGAACGCUGGGACAGGCCCCCGGAGUCCAGCCUCCAGGCCCCCAGCUGCUGGGAGAGGGGAGCGGGCCCCUGCCAAGACCCCAGGCCCAGGCUCUGUCUCUAGCCCGGGACGUGCCAGCGGGACCACCAGGCUAGGCACUCUUGCGCAGAAGGGGCUUCGGCCCCCAGCUGAGGAACCCGUGGCCAGAGGAAAAGCCCCAGAAACACCAAGAAGGAGCCCGCUGAGCGCCGGGGCACGGAGAGACUCUUCCGGGCCCUCCCCAGGCGCCCCUUCCCCAGCCACCUCCCGUCGGUCCCGGGCUGCAGGAGCUGAAGUGGGUCUCCCUCGGGCAGCUCCGAAUGCCCGGCCGCGGCCUCCGACCGAGGCCUCCAGGAAAUCCGUGAGCAGUACCCCGCAGCAUGGUGCCGCGGAGCCGAGCCCCGCCACCAGGAGGCGACCCAGCGCCGGCGGAGGUCUCCAGAGGCCAGCCUCACGCCCCUUAGGCUCCAACGCCACUCCUCUGUCCUCCCCUGCCCGCUCCGGGGCCUCGCAGGGUGGAACACCCCGGGCUCCCGGGCAGCCCUCGCAGCCCUCGCAGCCCAGGGCGAAAGGGCUGCAGGCUCUACGCCCCCGCCAGUCCACACCCCCAAGGAAGAGCGCUACCCCCGCGCCGGGCUUUUCUCCUCCACUAGCCACACCCUCUCCACCGGGUUUGACUGCACAACUGGCACCGCCUCCGCAAAUCACAGGCACUCCCCUGCCGGCCACUCUCCCUCCAUCUCCACCGACCACGCCCCCUCCUCGCUCUCCUACCUGCCCUUUGGCCACGCCCCCUCUCCUAGACCCUCCUUCCUCUGCUCCACUCGCUCUGCAGACCCUCCCCUCUCCUCCGGCCACACCCCCCUCGCAAGCCCCACCCACACACGUGGGUACCUCCUUUCUGGCGUCAUCCGCCUCUCCUACGGCCGCUUCUCAGGCUUCAUUCUCUCCACCCGUGUCACCCCCUCUGCAGAGUAUGCCCCCAAUCCAAGCUUCUCCAGCUUUGCCCUCUCUUCUGACUCUCCCCUCUCCCUUGGCCACACCUCCUCUGUCGGCUCCUGGAUCACCAGCCACGGCUCCUCUACCACCAGCCACCUCCCUUCUACAAGCCUCUUUGACUCCAGCAACUUCUCUGCUGAAUCCGCCCUCUCCCCAAGCCACACCCCCUCUGCAGGACCUUUCUGCUUUGACUACUCCCCCUCCACGGACCAGUCCUUCCCUAUCUCCUUCCCCACUUCAGGCUAUGCCCUAUACAGUGACCACACCUCCCACGCAGGACACUUCUCUGGCCACAUACCCUCUACAAACCUCUCCCUGCCCUCUGACCACCCUCUCUCUGCAGGGUUCUCCUUCUCUAUGCUCUCCAUUUCCUUUGGCCUCACCGUCGCUGCAGGCUCCGCCUUCUCUCCUGGACACGCCCCCUCCACAGACCCCACCUCAUCUGGCCACACCCCCUCCACAGGCCUCUCCCUCUCCGACCCGGUUCUUUACAGAGGUCCCACCCUCUCUGGCCUCACCACCUCUGCAGGCACCUUCUCCCCUAACCACGCCUCCUCCACAGACGCCAAUUUCCCUGGCCACACCCCCUCUACAGGCCACACCCCCUCAGGCCUUCCUCCCAGUUCAGGCCCCACCGUCUCUGCGGGCCCCUCUCUCCCCUCCGGCUUCACCACCUCUGCAAGACCCUCCCACUCCCUUGGCCACUCCCCCUCCCCAGGCUCCACCUUCCCUGGCCUUGCCUCCUCUUCAGGUUCCUCCCUCUCCCCCUGCCUCACCCCCUCCGCGGACAACUCCCUCUCCCCCUCCGCGGACAACUCCCUCUCCCCUGGCCACACUUUCUCCUCAGGCUCCACCUUCCCUGGUCUUGCCUCCUCUCCAGGCCUCUACGCUCCCUUUGCAGGCUCCUCCCCCGCCCCUGGCCACGCCCCCUCACCAGACUCCACCUUCCCUGGCCCUACCUCCUCUGCAGGGCUCUACUCUCCCUUUGCAGGCUCCUCCCUCGCCCCUGGCCACACCCCCUCAGGCUCCACCUUCCCUGGCCUUGCCCCCGCUGCAGGUCCCUCCCUCUCCCCUGGACUCACCCCCUCUGCAGGCCCCACGCCGCCCCCCGACCCCAGGUCCCGAUGCCCCGAUCCCGGGCCCACGGCUGACCCUGGCGCUGGCCCCGGCUCCGCCGCCACCGCCCUCCCGCAGCCCGUCCAGUACGCUGAGCGGCCCGGAUCUGGCGGGCCACAGCAGCAGUGCCACCAGCACGCCGGAAGAGCUGCGCGGCUACGACAGCGGGCCGGAGGGCGGCGCCGCCGCCUCCCCUCCCGCCGACGCGGAGCUCGCCGCCUGCCACCCGGCCUCCUGGAGCCGAGGUCCCCCUCCGCCGCUGGCCGUCCGCAGCACCCCAGCCUCUCUCUCCGCAGGAGCGCCUCUGCCUUGGCCUCCUUCUGCCGGGUCAGGCUCCGCUGACGGCCUGUGCACCAUCUACGAGGCAGAGGGGCCCGAGUCGGCGACCCCCGCCCCAGACGCGCUGGAUUCGGGUCCUGGGCCCGGCGCGGGUGGUGGGAAGGUCGUGGCUGGAGCAGGCGCGGGGGCGACCUCGCGCGGCGCGAAGCCGGCGCGCCUGGGCGAGCUGCCGCUGGGGGCGCUGCAGGCGAGCGUCGUGCAGCACCUGCUGAGCCGGACGCUGCUGCUAGCUGCGGCCGAGGGUGCCGCGGGCGGCAGCGGCGGUGGCCCAGGGGUUGCGGGGGCUGGUGGCGUCGCGGGGGGUGCCCGGACUGCGCUCAGCGACGCCGAACUGGGCCGCUGGGCUGAACUGUUGUCUCCCCUGGACGAGUCCCGCGCCAGCAUCACCUCGGUCACCAGCUUCUCCCCGGACGACGUGGCUUCCCCGCAGGGUGACUGGACGGUGGUAGAGGUGGAGACCUUCCACUGAGCCAGACCCUUAGCCCCGCCCACCAUACCCAUCCCGGCCUUAGGACCCGCCCCUCUGGCUACGCCUCUGUGUCUUAGACUGCCCGCCUAUCUGCUCUCCUUCGGGAGUCUGGACCCCGUUGGAUUGGACGUAGCCCCCUAGAGCCCUAGAUUUUGGGUCAGGCUCUCGACCCACCCACGCCUGUGGCCGAGGUCUUUCCUUCGAGCCCCGCCCCUUUGGCCUGGAAACACGCCGACUCCCCCUCGAGCCCCGCCCCCUCCCUCCGCUUAGGCUCCGCCCCGCGUCCUGUGUAUUGUCUACCACGCGCUGCCCGAGUUUGCAAUAAAAGCCGGGACGCUGCAGCC